GGCGGAUUUAUUACUGAGAUAGAGGAUUUUAAUUUUGUGAAGCGGCUGUCUGGCGGACAGAGAGAAACGUGGACAGAGCUUCAAGUACAGAAAAAAGGGAUACUUCCUCGACGUUACUUUAGCAGAAUAACUCAAGGGAUCACAAUAACUGCUCAGUGGGAGCAAAUGUUUAAUUUAACCAUGAAAUGUCCCAUGAUCAAAUCUACAAAGGAGAGCACGAUGGAGAAAAGCUUAGCUGCUGCAGAAGCUAAAGUGCUUUACCCUAAAGAUUCCCCAAAGAAGGAGCCAUCCCCCAUUAAACCCCAGCAUUCCCCAGCCGGAGUGACCACUGAACUAUUCCCCAUCAAGAGUGACACCAGUACAGUUCACAACAAGGAAAACAGCACCAACAGGGAACAGGAUGGGAUCUCGGAUGAAUUUUUUGAAGACAGUGGUUAUUUAUCUUUGAUCAACAGUCAUAUUGAUCACCAUGUAGACGAGGAAGGUGAAGUUAUAGCUGGGAUACACCGGGGAAAGACUGUUUCAGCAAAUAAUUCCCCCACAAAAUGUCAGGGAUCGGCUAGACUCAGCCUUCCUGGGACCCUUUCGGUUCACACACCUGUAGAUCGACAUAAAAGGACAACGGGGGCUAUGUCGUCCACCCCAGCAAAUCAACACAGAUCCAACCUGCCCAUUCUACGUUUCCAGCAGGAUGUUUGUGAAGAGCUCGCUAAGAGCUACAAGAAGAAUAAGAGGUAUGACUGGAGUGUCAUCCCAAAGAUAGCAGAGGAUCAUCUUUUGGAUCGUAUAAUCGGAGGACAAAUUGGCCUAGAGCACAUCGACAUGUUUACAUCUCUGCUCGUCAGGAACAUGAAAAUCAUCCUGACAAACAUCCUGGCCAUGUUGGGAGACAUGGACCUAAUCAGUUGUAGGCAAGUGAGCAGGACAUGGAGGAAGAUCAUAUGUGAGGAUUCGGCAGCUAUGAGGAGGUGUCGACAAGCUGAGCAGGCACUCAGGGAGUCAAGAAGCUCUCGGAUGAAAACUGCAAGUGGUAUGACACGAGACCUCGCUACAUCCAGAGUGGUGCUGUCCUGCAUGCAGACACUGGCCUCUUCCAGCACCCCAGCUUCCUCUCAGUCUCCGUCCAGACAUAGCUGCAGGACGACUCGUCACACACCUACCUCUCGCUUUAGCGAAUAUUCACAGGUCGCCAGCAGUCUGAAGCAGCACGAGUCUCUGCGCUCUUGCAGGCGCUGCGGCUCGCCUGCAACCCAUUCUGCUGAGGUUCAGAGAGCCAGGUGUACCCGUUCCAACUGUCUCUUCGAAUUCUGCACUCGCUGUCAGGAGCCCUUCCACGGAUCCGCUCCCUGCCGAACGGUCAAACCUCAUAUGAACUGCAAUACCUCUAAGGUUACACCCAUCAUCGCGGGGGGCCCUCGCAGCAAACAGAGCGUCCGGCGUUUGUGAUAAAGCUUUAUUCUGGCUUUUAAUCAAUGACUUUUAACCAAGGCGGACAUCUCUGCUGCAGGGCUCUUUCUAGGGGCUCCUGGUCAACCUUGGACAGCUUUUAUGCUCUCAGCAUGAGAAUGGCAUUGACUGUUACACGGCUCAGAUAAGUACUUUAAGCAAUGCUUGGACAAUCAAUUCGUGGCCUGUGAGCAACUGUUUUAUUUGUUAUUUUUUUCCAAAAGAAAUACAGAAUUUAUAAUUGUAUAUUUUUAUCAUUUUUAGAGUCAAAUAAACUGUUUUUAUUUUAUAUUUUUUGACUUUUUAGUGUAAAUAAAUGUUGAUGGUAGUCGGUCUUGUUUAGGUUGUAUGUUGCAUUUGUAUAAUCUGUUCCUGUAAAUAGAAUUGUUU